AUGGCAGACGUCUUGCCGCCGGACGACAUUCCACUCAUGUGCGUGACGAUCUGUGGUCCAAUCGUCGAGUUGACAGCAAAAUGUGAUGUUCACAACCAUCGCCUCGCGAAGCGACAGCCAAACCCCGAGUGGGUUCCAAAGUUGGCCGUGGAACCGGUCGAGGACGAUGGACUGCACAAGAGAAGCUUCUCUAUCAUCAGGGCUGCGCCGACGUCAUUUCCUCCACAGUUCGAGCCUCAAGAGAGCACGACAUCGUCAGCUUCAACUUCAACGUCAACGUCAACGUCAACGUCAACGCCAACGUCGACUGCCAAGUCUACGCCGGCGUCAAUGAAAUGGGCUGCGGACGACACUAGUGCGGAGGAGCAGACAAUGACAAUGAGGCGUUCCAUGAUAAGUUCAUCGUUUGUCAGCUCCGAAGUGACUCAAGCUACCAAGACUCUCCAGGGUGAUUCUGGUACAGCGAGCAUGACGAGUUGGGGAGCUAGUUUGCAGACCCAAUCAGUAGUUCCAGAGGAUGAUCCGGAGAGGGAAUGUGUAUGCAACAAUACGAGCUUUGAUGUGGCCAAGAUCGCAGCGCUAUGUCAAGACUGCAUCGUUGUUGAUGGGCACAAGCAAAAUAACCUGGAUAUUAUCAUGCGGUCAUGCGGGUUCAAGCCACUUACUUACACUCCUGACCAGGACAAGGCGGCGGAUAACGUCCGGGUCGAGGCGACGCGGCCGACUGCCAUGGGUGCGAAGCAAGACUCGACGAAUUCAGGUGCUGGAUUAGAGUCUGGUGGUAAUUGGGUUAUUAUUUUCACUUCGUUGUUAGGAAUCGCCUUGGCGGUAUGA